UAGGUGGGUGGGGCGUCGCCAGGGUGAACGCGCUCGCGGCGCUGCAGGAGAACGCUGGGCUCGCAUAAAUACCAGGCUGCGGCGCGAGCUGGGAUUAAACACACGCUGUAGUUGUUGUUGUUGUUUUGUUAAAGGAACGGAAUACCAUGACUGCAGAAGAGACAGUCAACAUCAAGGAGGUGGAGGUCCUUAAACUCAUCCUGGAUUUCCUUAACUCUAGAAAGCUUCACAUCAGCAUGUUAGCCUUAGAGAAGGAGAGUGGCAUCAUCAAUGGCCUCUACUCAGAUGAUAUGCUCUUUCUCAGGCAGCUGAUAUUAGACGGCCAAUGGGAGGAAGUUCUUCAGUUCAUUCAGCCAUUGGAGUGCAUGGAUAAAUUUGACAGAAAGAGGUUUCGUUACAUCAUUCUCAAGCAGAAGUUUCUGGAAGCUCUUUGCGUGAAUAAUGCUGUGUCUGCAACAGAGGAUCCUCAAAAUCUGGAGCUGACCAUGCAAGAGGCAGUGAAGUCCCUGCAUGCUCUAGAGGAGUACAGCCCCUCAAAGGAGGACUAUAGCAAGCUGUGCCUGCUCCUCACUCUGCCUCGGCUCACCCAUCAUGCCGAGUUUAAGGAGUGGAACCCAAGCACCGCACGAGUGCACUGCUUCGAGGAGGCUUGUGCCAUGGUGGCCGAGUUCAUCCCGGCCGACCGCAAGCUGAGCGAGGCCGGCUUCAGAGCCAGCGGGGACCGCCUGUUUCAGCUCCUCAUCAAGGGUAUCCUGUAUGAGUGCUGCGUGGAGUUCUGCCAAAGCAAGGCCACAGGUGAGGAGAUUGGUGAGGGCGAGGUGCUGCUAGCUGUGGACGUUCUGUGUGGAAAUGGCUGUGAUGAACUGGACCUUAGCUUGCUCUCCUGGCUGCAGAACCUCUCUUCUUCUGUGUUUGCCUGCGCCUUUGAGCAGAAGACCCUCAACAUCCACGUGGACCGGUUGGUGAAGCCAGCACGGACCGGCCACGCUGACCUGCUCACGCCACUCCUCACUAAGCUGUCUCCAUGUCCAGCAUCGCCCCUCAGACGCCCCCAGUCGGCCGACACGUACAUGUCGCGCUCACUCAACCCUGCGCUGGAUGGGCUGUCUCAUGGCCUGGCAGGGAAAGAGAAGAAGAAUGCUGAGGCUGGCGGAAAGACUGCAGCGAUGUCGCACUCCUUCGCUAACUUUGGCUCGAAUGCCAGUCGCAGCAUAUUGGACAAUAACCUCUUCACAGAAUCAAAAGACAGGACGCACAUGCAAGAAGAGAGAAUUAACAACUCUGGAGGGCCCAACUCAUCCAAUCCCACUGACAUUGGACCUCCUGGUUCAACUGAAAAGAGUGAGGAGCAGUUGCAGGAAUUCCAGCGUCAGCGGCUCCGUGUGCAACAGCACCUGGAGCAGAAACAGCAGCAGACACAGCUUUACCAGCAGAUGCUGCUGGAAGGAGGGGUGCAGCAGGUCCAUCAGCCACCAACCCCCAGUCAGCACAAUCUCACACAAACCUUCCUCAGCAGGUCCAUUCAGAAGCUUGAGGAGCUGAACGUUGGGAUGGAGGAUCUGGGAGAGGAUGUGCAGGCCUUGGCCCAGCAGUGUAAUGGCAUGCCAGUCAAAGCAGAAUGCACAGAUACCCCUGAAACAGCCGGCACUGGCAAAGAAGACGGGGGCGUCACCAGCAGCACUCCUCAGAGAGGGGGGGGACGGGACAUGCCAUCAUUGGAUGAGUCUCCAGUGCUGGUCAUCCGGAGUGCGUUUCAGGAUGAGAAGCCGAAGUCUCCGUUUACAGCAGUGCACACAUUAGAGGACACACAAGCAGUGCGAGCCGUUGCGUUUCAUCCUUCCGGGACCCUCUAUGCUGUGGGCUCCAACUCCAAAAUUCUGCGUGUGUGCGCCUACCCACAGGACCUUAAUCCCAGUGCUGUAAGUCCAGGGACCCAGCCGGAUGUCUGCUUCAAACGAAACAAGCACCAUAAAGGCUCAAUCUACUGUGUGGCCUGGAGUCCCUGUGGCCAGCUCCUAGCUACAGGCUCCAAUGACAAAUACGUCAAAGUUCUCCCUUUCAAUGCUGACACUUGCAAUGCUACAGGGCCAGAUCUCGAGUUCAGCAUGCAUGAUGGAACCAUCCGUGACCUGGCAUUUAUGGAGGGUCCAGAGAGUGGAGGGGCCAUUCUUAUAAGUGCUGGCGCAGGAGACUGCAACAUCUACACCACUGACUGCCAGAGAGGACAGGGGCUACAUGCGCUUAGUGGACAUACAGGACACAUUCUGUCCCUCUAUACAUGGGGUGGUUGGAUGGUGGCAUCUGGCUCUCAGGAUAAGACUGUGCGUUUCUGGGACCUGCGUGUGCCCAGUUGUGUAAAAGUAGUUGGGACUACCAUGCAUGGAACAGGAAGCGCAGUUGCCUCAGUCGCAGUGGACCCUAGUGGGCGUCUCCUGGCCACAGGACUGGAGGACUGCCGCUGCAUGCUGUAUGAUAUCAGAGGGGGUCGAACAGUGCAAGCAUACCGCCCCCACACCAGCGACAUCCGCUCGGUCCGCUUCUCCCCGGGAGCACACUAUCUACUCACUGGUUCCUAUGACAACAAUGUCAUGAUCACUGAUCUACAGGGAGAUCUAACCAAGCCACUCCCAGUAACAGUGGCUGGCCAACACAAAGACAAAGUGAUUCAAUCUCGAUGGCACACACGAGACCUCUCUUUUCUGUCCUCUUCUGCAGACAAGACUGUUACACUGUGGGCUCACAAUCCUUAAACCCUCCCCCUUAAAGAAAGAAGAAAAA